AUGGAGAAACUGAAUUUGUAUGGAUGUAGCCAUCUCUUCAUGACUGUCUUUCUGCAUAACUUAUCGAUGUUCAUGGUGGUGCCGGCGAUCACCGAUGUCACAAUGGCUGCGCUUUGUCCCGGACAAGAUGAAUGCUCACUUGCCAUCUACCUCACUGGUUUUCAACAAGCGAUGAUAGGAGUGGGAACUCUUGUGAUGAUGCCAAUCUUAGGCAGUCUCUCAGACAAAUAUGGAAGAAAGGCUGUUCUCAAACUUCCAAUGAUCCUCAUGAUUAUUCCCAUAGGCAUAUUAGCUUACAGUAGAACCAAAACAUUCUUCUACAUUUACUACGUCUUUAAGAUCAUAAUCAACAUGAUUUGCGAUGGAUGUAUCCCUUGCCUCGCUCUAGCUUACGUUGCAGAUAAUGUUCCAGAAAGUGGACGAAGCAGUGCGUUUGGAAUUCUUUCAGGAAUAGGUUCAUCUGCAUUCGUAUGUGGGACCCUCGCAGCUCGUUUUCUAUCCGCUGCUCAAAGUUUUCAGGUUUCUACUUUUGUUGCGGUGCUUGGAGCAGUUUACAUGCAAGUUUUCCUUCGGGAUUCAGUCAUCGUUCAGAAUGACCUUUAUGCCCCUAUCAUUUCACAUGGAAAAUCCAAACCCAAUGUUCCGUUGUUGAAAGCAUUGCGUUCUUUGCAGGAUUUAACCUCCUUCCUCAAUUCUAACAAGACUAUUACACAAGCAGCAAUUGUUGCAUUUUUCAGUAACCUUGCUGAUGUUGGACUUCAUGGUUCAAUGAUGUAUUACUUGAAGGCUCAGUUUCAUUUUGAUAAGAAUCACUUUGCUGACUUAAUGAUCAUUUCCGGUGUUGCAGGGACUGUGUCACAGCUUUUUCUUAUGCCUAUUUUUUCUCCUUAUUUGGGUGAGGCAAGGCUUCUUUCGAUUGGACUGUUUUUUCACUGUGUACAUAUGUUCAUUUACAGCAUAGCAUGGUCAGCCUGGGUUCCCUAUGCCGCUGCAAUGUUCUCAAUAUUGUUUGUUUUUUCGCAACCGUGUAUUCGAAGUAUUGUGUCGAAACAAGUUGAUCCCCAUGAGCAGGGAAGGGCUCAAGGUUGCAUCUCAGGCAUAUGUUCAAUUGCACAUAUUGUUUCUCCCUUGGCUUUCUCUCCAUUAACAGCUCUCUUUCUAUCUGAAAAGGCACCUUUUGAUUUUCCUGGCUUCAGUAUAAUGUGUAUUGGAAUUGCUUCGAUGAUAUCUUUUGUUCAGAGUAUGAUGCUUAGAGUGGUUCCUCCCAUUUUGAGUUAG